AGCUGGGACGGACCGUCGUCGCAACUGUUUCUUGCCUUGCGGUCUGUUACUGGACGACAAACUGUCAUAGCACAAAUAAAUGUACUUACUUCAGGAUUCCAAGCGGAGUUUGUUAAAUAGAUAAUACCUUUUAAAGUAGAGUGAAGGACGAUUUUUUAUUAAUGCGGACUUUCGCAUUUUUUAUCUUUACGCACGCCCGGUCUGAUGUGUUGAGCUCCAACGAGCGACUAAUGUGAGGACUGUCAUUCAAAAUACACAAAAAAGCAUGUGGUUUAAUACUUCAGUGGGAAACAGAUCGAAGACAAAUAAUUGCUGCUAGAAGUUUCAGGUUGCAACGUUGACGUCAAUCAUUGGAACAAAAUGAGGUUCUUAUGUAUUGGCUUGCUGGUUUUUGAGAUAAUCUUAUUGACGAACUGUGCCAGGGGACCCCCCCGCGUGGCAGAGCAUGUGGCCCACCGGCAGUCCGUGCGCCUGGGCCGCACCAUGAAGCUGGCCUGCCCCGUGCAGAGCGACCCUCCGCCCCUCAUCAUGUGGACCAAGGACGGACGCAACAUCCACAGCGGCUGGACGCGCUUCCGGGUGCUGCAGCACGCGCUGCGCAUCAAGGAGGUGGAGGCGGAGGACGCCGGGACGUUCGUGUGCAAAGCCACCAACGGCUUCGGGAGCGUCAACAUCAACUACACGCUCGUUGUGAUCGAUGACUCCAGCUCUGUAAGGGAUGGCACAGGGGCAGGAGAAGAUGGAGAACACUCACCAGAGCUGACUGGAAAGCUGGUCCGUCCACGGUUCACGCAGCCGGCGAAGAUGAGGAAGCGCGUCAUCGCCCGCCCCGUGGGCAGCUCGGUGCGCCUGAAGUGCACGGCGAGCGGGAACCCGCGGCCAGACAUCGUGUGGCUGAAGGACAGCCGUCCACUGCUGGGGGACGCAGGCGACGGGCCGGGCGGGGCCGAGGGCCGCAAGAGGAAGUGGACCCUCAGUCUCAAGAACCUGACGCCCGAGCAGAGCGGCAGGUACACCUGCCACGUCUCCAACCGAGCAGGGGAGAUCAACGCCACCUACAAGGUGGAGGUCAUACAACGUACCAACUCGAAACCCAUCCUGACGGGGACCCACCCGGUCAAUACCACCGUUGACUACGGGGGGACGACCUCCUUCCAGUGCAAAGUGCGAAGCGAUGUGAAGCCAGUCAUCCAGUGGCUUAAAAGGGUGGAGCUGGGGGACGAGAACAAAUACAACUCCACCAUCGAGGUGGGCGAGCACCGCUUCGUGGUGCUGCCCACGGGGGAGGUGUGGUCCCGGCCCGACGGCUCCUACCUCAACAAGCUGCUGAUCACCAGGGCCAAGGAGGAGGAUGCGGGCAUGUACAUCUGUCUGGGGGCCAACACCAUGGGCUACAGCUUCCGCAGCGCCUACCUUACCGUGCUUCCGGACCCCAAGCCUUACCUCCCACCCGUCCCCACGGCAACGUCCCCCAGCCUACCCUGGCCUGUCAUCAUCGGCAUCCCAGCGGGCGUGAUCUUCAUCCUCGGCACCGCCUUCCUCUGGUUCUGCCAAUCGAAACGCCACUGCUCCGCCGCCCCGUCCCUGCCAGCAUCCCAGCGCCCGCCUCCUGCCGACCGAGCCCUUCCCCCCGGCACCACGGCCUGUGGGGAUAAAGAGUGUCUGGGCUCGUUGACCUACGAGGACUACAUAGCUCAGCAGCAGCAGCUUCUCUUGGUCCAGGGGGGGGGGCCUGCUCUCGCUCCCAAGGUCUAUCCCAAGAUCUACACAGACAUCCACACCCACACACACUCCCACGUGGAUGGGAAGGUGCACCAGCAUCAGCAUAUCCACUGCCAGUGUUAGCACCGGUUGGUUCUAGCAGCGUGAAUGUAAAGCUCUGUUUCUGCCAUUAAGGUGGAAAUAUGAAGGCUUCUCACGUCUAUGGAAUAGGCUGUUUUUUUUAUUGGGCCAGUCCACAUCCACUAUUUUCCUGUUCCACACAGUACUGUACACAGAUACGGCCAAGACAAUGUCAAGGCACAUGCCAGUGAGCCUGUGACAGAGCCAGUGUGCUCACACAAACUGUGAGGAAAAAUUGAAUAUCCAUAUCACAUAUAUUUUCAUAUUGCCUUUUGUCAAAAGUAAAUGACAAACUCAAACUAAUUGAGCCAACAGAGCAACUGAAAAACUUUUCACAAGAAACUUUACUGAAAUGACAUCUUAUCAAACCUUAGGGGCAAAGAGAAACAUACAAGAAUCUGCCAUGUUCUUGUUCUGGAACCUUCUCUUUGGCUGCUGAGAGUGGAGGAAGUGAAUGUAUACAGUCAGUUCUGUCAUUUAAAAAUAUGUUUGUUCCUUUCUGAACAUGGGGACAUCUUAUGAACACAAGCCUCAACACUACAGAGAAAGGUGGAUGGACAGAGACACUCAGGAGAACAGAGAUUGCAUGUCACCUGUUUUCUCCCCUCAAAGCUGGAUCCGAAUAAUUUUGGCUGUUUGAUUUCUUUUAGAAGAAAUGGUUGGACAUUCACCUGCAGCCUACAGUAUAUUGAGUAAAGUCUUCCAUUGCUGUGGAUUCACAUUGCAUUUGGUCACCAAUUUCACACUAUUAUGCUGCUUUGAGCUGCACUGUGCUCACCCAGAUGGAUUUAUUUUCAAUUGUUUCUUCUCUGCAAACUCAUCCCAGCUUUGUUCAUCAGUGUUUGUGUCCCUGGUGUGAAAUCAUCCACCAGGGUAGACAACGUGUCAUCAUCAUCAUGCUUCAUCAGAGCUGAUCAUUGAUAUUGAAAUUACAUGAUAUAGCAUUACAGUGAUGCUUCAGAUAUACAGUACUGUGUUUUGUUCAUGCUUGUUACUUUGGGAACUCUCAGUGGUACACCUGUGUGUGGUACAUUAAAGCUAGCCCAAACCACAAAAGGACUUAUUACUCUCUUCAAAUCUCAGGUGGCUCUUGUGUGUUGAACAGUGUGCGUGCGUUUAUAACUCUCUGACCACUAUAUGAAACUGUUGCCUUUGACUGCUCAUGUUUGUAAUGACCCCCUUUUUAAGAUGCUUUUUGAUAAGAGUGAAAAGCAACAGAAAAAAAAUGUUCAAAUUGCUGCGUUAUUGGUGAGAAAAAUGGGUGUUCUGUUCAGUGUUUACCCCAGUAAUAUGUACUAUGUGUCAAAGCUACGGACUGCCACAUUACGUAUCCAUGCACUUAUCCCAAAUAUGUUGAUGGAAAUGUCUUUGAUGUUGUUUCCAGCUCUCCUAUGGGGAGUUCUGGACUGUUCUUGACCCCUCAAUGACCCCCACAUCCUAAGUGAGUGUCAAGAUUCUAAAAUCAAUAAGGUGUGUUUAAUUUAUUUUCCUGAGUGAGAUUGUGUUAUUCAAACAAUUGGGCAUUAAAGCAACUGUUUUGAUCCAAAAGGUUGGUAGAAAUAAAUCAGUUAAUGGCAUUUUUGUCUUAUAGUUACAGUGUAAGCUAUGUAGUAAAUACCUAGCAAGUGUAAAAUAUUUAUAUGUGUCGUUGACAUGUACUUAUACAAACUGUCUUUGUUUUGACAAUCCUGUACUAUCAUCUUUUAGGUUAAAUAAUGCUUUUGUCAAAAGAAAAUAUUUUAAUCAUUUUACCAAUGCCAUUAAAGUGAAAGUAAAUCAUG